CCUGGAGUGGUGCAUUGUGGGAAACUCCCAAAUUCUUUUUCCCUGCCCCCAUCCUCUUCCUCCUCCUCCCGUCCCUCCUGUCUCUUUGCAGACUGGUAGCAACCAGGAAGGUUGGAGAGGAUCAGGCUGACUGGGUCUGACCCCAGGACAAUUCCUGGUUCUGUGCCAUGACCAGGGACCCUCUUGACUGAGCCACAGCUGUCCUCCUCCAGGCCUGCCCCUGCAGACCAUCCCCAGUCCUCGGUGAGGCCCAGCCCAACAUGGAGGCCAAAGGGAGGCCUGCCAGUGGCCCCAAGUCGGAGUCCAAGCCCUCUACAGCUCCUGCUGCCCCCUCAGCCAAGACUGAGAAGAAGGAGGCUCCAGAGAAGAGGGAGCAGCCCUCCACACCUCCAGCGCCCCCCAGGAAGGCCCAAGCAGCUGCCGACCCAGGCCUGCUCAACAGCCAUAGCAACAUGAAGCCCAACCCAGGAGCCCCAGCUGGCUCUGAGCCAAAGGGUCCUGCGGACGGUGCUGAGGAAGAGGGAGCGGCUGGAGCGGCUGGAGGCUGCGGCACCUUUGAGAACCUGAAACCGCUGCUCCUGGCGGGCGGGGUGGCUGUGGGUGCCCUGGCAGUGAUUUUGGGGGUGGCUUUCUUGGCUCGGAAAAAAUAGUCCUGCCCCUCGGGGAAGGGGGGAAUGUGGGGGACAGAGCAGCCCCUUGAACAGCUCCUUUGGAAAUCAGUGCAUGCAUGGGGAGAUUCUCUACUGUAACUAUACAUAUAUACAUAUUAUAUAUAUCUCUAUAUAUCUAUAUAUAUACUUAUAGACAGACAGACGGAUAAAUGGCUGGCUAGGCAGGCAGGUAGGCCAAGAGGCAGCUCAAGGGGUGCCCUGCUGAGGUGGGGUGCAGAAGAAGAUGACUGCUCCUUGCAGCCCCUCUUUGGGGUGUGUCCCUCCUCACAGCUUCAUGCCCCACAUGCCUGCUCUCCACCCCACAUAUUCAUUUCCUCUGCUAUCUCCUACCUCUCCCUCCUCAUGCCUCCAAUUCCUACCUGUCCUCUACUUGUCCUAGCACCUGUGAAGUGGGAAGAGAAAGACUGAAUCAGACCCCCUGCUCAAAGUCCAUGUGGGGUAGCCCCUUAGCCUCGUGGGAAGGAGGGAGGGAAUUCUGAUUGAUUCCAGGACAAGGCCCAGGGCUGCUCCUCUCUGCCAGGGACCCCAUCAGAUCAUGACUAGCCAUGCUGUGGUCUGCACCCCUGCAGGGGUAAUGAAAGGAGAGGGGCUGGCCCUGUUAGUGGUGGCAGAGGUCACAGUCCAGUCGGACCACAGCAGGAAGUGCCAUGGGUGGGAAGAUAGCUCUGCUACUCCCCAUCCAUGGGGGUUUGGAAGGGCUAGAAGGCUUUCUGUCCCUGAAGGGUGUUGGGGCUGGAGGGAGGUGACAGCUGGCCUGCCCAGUGUUGUGUGUGUACAGCCGAGCUUCUGGGUCCAUGUGCCUGUCUGUGUGCCUGUGUUUGUGGGAGCAUGUGUCCACGUCCCUGUGUCUGUGUGUCCGUGGCACGCUGCCCUUCCCUGUAGACACCACAAUAACCAUAUCUGGGGCCUGGAGUCUUCAGGCAUUUGAGAUGCCCCUUUGUCUGUGCUCCUGGAAUCCUCGGCCAAUGUCCAGAGCUUGGGGAGCCCUAACCUGGUUCCACCCUGACCUCAUCCUACCACCCUCUCAAGACCUUCCCCCCAAAGGGCUUUGGCUGACAAAGCAACUGUCAGGGGCUAAUUUGUUGCCAGUUCUGGAAGCCCUUGCCCUUCACACCUCUGACCAGAGACUCCUGACACCCAAAAGGGUGCCCCCUACCAGAGAUCCCCAUGUCCCACCUUUAUUCUGGGAGCCAAAGGAGAGGGGCCAAUAGAAGUGGCGAGAGAGGCUGGACAGAGCUGGGGGAAAGGAGGGUGGUCAGUAGACCAAGGAGGAGCCUAAGUGAGAGACCAGGGGCAAGGUGGGGGAAGAGGGUCAGCCGGGGGUGGUGACUGGGCAUUCACCACUGGGGGGCAGGGUGCCUGGACAUGGCCGGCCUGGAGAGAACAGAGACUGCGCAAGCAGAGUAGGGAGAGAGGGUGCCCUCAGCUCCCUAAGCACAGACAGGGAGACCCUGGAAGUGAAGGAUGAGGAGAGGAAGCAAGAGGGGGGCUGAGGAGAGGGAGAGGGAGGGGAGGAGGCUGGCCAGCCAGCUCCCAUAGGGGUCCCAUAGCUUCACUUCCUCUCUGCUCCCUCCCAUUCCUGCGGUGUCCUGCUCCCAGAGACUGCAAAGAGCCCCCACGGCCACCCCCAGGAACAAAAUGCUUGUGUUGGGGGGGGCGGGGCGGCCCGCGUGGUGAAAAGCAGGGAUUGGGUGUUGGGGUCGGACUGGAUGGGGACGGGGGCAGGAGGCGAGGCGAGCCCAUACCCCUAGCCCGUCCCCAAUCAGCUGGCCGGGGAUCUACCCCACCCCUUCCCACCACACCGAACAGGCGGUACAAAGCCGGUCUGGCCCCAAGGAGGCGGUCAGCACGAGGCCCGCCCUGGAGACACCCUGUCCUGAGGGGGCGGGGCCUAGCGUACCUCGGACAGCGCCCGGGAGGGAGGAGAGAGGCCUCCAAACUCUGGCUCCUCCGCCCUCUCCACCUCCCCCAGCCCCACCCCCCAGCUCCCGCGGCUCCCCGGGGGCCCUGCCCCGCUUCCCCACGGAGUCUCCUCUUUACUUUGACUUUAUACAAGCGUAUACAUGCAAUAAUGCCGAUAGACUAGAAAUACUAGAUUGAAAUCUAAGGUAGCCUAGAGCUGCUUCUCCCCUGCCCCUCCCCCUCCCGGCCAGGCCCCGCCCACCCCUCCUGCUGCCCACCCCCCUCCCCAGCGGAAUCUAGUAUUAGCUUCAACUCCACCGUUUAUGUGAGGUGUGUGUGUGUGUGUGUGUGUGUGUGUUUGUCCUUGUGAUGCUGGGCGGGUGGGCUCCGGGGACUCAGGGCGGGUGCUCUCCCACCUCCCCAGGUCCUGCCCAUUUGGCCUGCUCCGGGCAGCCUGUGGCGAGUUUGUCUGAAAUAAACACUCUAUAUUGUCUAACUGGGGAGGCUCCCCA